UUGUAUCCGGACACAUUAGUUGCUGUACUCAGUUUAGAGCUAGCGGAAGGUAAACAGAGAGCUGUCAACAUGGCUGAGACUCACAGCUUGCAGGAUAUGAGGCAGCAGGCGGCUAUCGCUGCCAAAGUGUUCAUCCAGAGAGACUACACCAAUGGCACUGUCUGCCAGUUUCAGACCAAGUUCCCUUCUGAACUGGAGACCAGGAUUGACAAGCAGCAGUUUGAGGAGACUGUGAGGACGCUGAACAACCUGUAUGCUGAGGCAGAGAAGCUGGGAGGCUCGUCGUAUCUGGAGGGCUGUCUGGCCUGCCUCACAGCUUACACGAUCUUCCUCUGUAUGGAGACGCACUACGAGAAGGUUUUGAAGAAGAUUGCUAAGUUCAUCCAGGAGCAGAAUGAUAAGAUCUAUGCUCCACGAGGUCUGCUCCUCACUGACCCUAUUGAGAGAGGUCUCCGAGUUGUUGAAGUAACCAUCUUUGAAGACAGGAGCCUGGGCAGAUAAAAUCUACAGUACUAUGAUCCCAGACUGACUGGACAAGAGCUCUUGAGGGGCUGGUUCUAUCUGGUUCUGGCUCUGCUCAGCAUCACCUGGGGCCUCAUUUAUCAAAGGUGCGUUCACACAAAAAAUUGUCUGAACCUUGCGUAUGCCCAGUUUCCCCUCAAAUGUUGGUAUUUAUCCAUUUUGAACUUGAAGGGAAAGUGUGCUUAUCUCCACGGAAAUCUCAGACCAGCCGUACGCACAACUUCUAGUGGUAGAUCAACAUGUAUCGCAAGCAAAUAUUGUUAUUUUGAGAAAAAAUGUAGGUGUUUGAUACACAAGUAUUAUAAUAAUGGUAGGCUAAUAAAAACAUAAAGGCCUAAUGAUAGGACAGAUGCAUUUGCCGUUGGUAAGGAGAUCACAUAGCAGCAUGUAGCCUAAUGCGUCUCUUUUACUUGUAUUAUAUAAGCCUAAAUUAUAAUCAUAUAGCAGGACAUGUCUCUCCUUUUCCACUCUUAGCGGCGUUGGCGGAAAGAGGAUCUUUCUGGUUUUCAGGGAUACAGUAUUUUCAACCUAACUUCCGUUUCUCCUGGAGAAAGGAGGAGAGCCAAACAUGCUCAAAAGUAAAUAGACCGGUAGCCUAUUUAAAUUUGACAGUGUGUAGGAUACAGUAUUGCCACAUCAUAGCCUAUUUCAAUGCAGAGCCUAUACCAAGGCAGGAUAUAGAAACACAAUCACCUACUUCAAAAUAUUGAACAGGAAUUAGUAUUUUCCAUAGAAGUGUGCUGUAGCAUUUACUUUUGAGCUGUUUGAAUAGGGAAUCAAACUUUCAGAAUGUGCUACCAGUGUUUGGCACUCUAUAGGCGGCAUGCAUUUUUUGUUUGAAAAAGGUAAGUAAUUCUGCCCUCAGCUCUACAUAAAAGUGAUAAAAUUGGCCAUUGCACUUUCGUUUAGAAACUGUCAUGGCCCAGUUCCAACAUCUCCAAAUCAUACAUCAAAUGAGGGUGUUUUUUUUUACCACAAAAGGUAACAAAAACGUUCGUAUAUGUUGUGUGCAGUAGUUUGACGAAUCCCAAUAAUUUAGUUGUGCAUGCAAAUCCUAGCAUCCCCACGUACGGCAGAAUUUAGUGAGAAAUGUACACACGGUUGAUAAAUGAGGCCCAUGGUCCUGGGUAGGUGGGACCACCACCGCACCUUCAGACUGAGGACCACCUGAAACUUUAGCCUGCAGAACAUCAUACCAGCCCUACUGGCUCCCAUCCAGGAUCCACAUCUACUUUCUGACUACUGCGUCUCUACAAUCUCCCCUGUACACGACUCCCUCACACUGUUCUAUACUCCACUCAACUAACGCAUGUACAGUAUAUGAUGCUGGGGCUGUAUUACACAUUCAAAUCCUAAAGGCCCCUCUAAAGUGAAAUAAGAUACGAUUUGACAGUUAGGUUGUUUUCUGUACUACAUCCCCAGACUCCUAAUCUUCUAAAAAUGUAUUUCCUAUCUCUGUAUUUCUAACCAUUUACUUACUGUAUCUUAAGUCUGUUUACUUUUGCCUGUACAGAGAUCGCUUGCUUUACAAAACCAAAUGGCCCAAAUUAUGCUUGCAUUCUUCUUGCAUGUUGCGUCAAUGCUCCGAUGGUCCUUUUGUAAAACGUAAAUGUGCCGUGCACAGUGUUUGUUUGGUGACUACUGUUCAUUUUGCCGUGCGUUGAUUGACUUGUUUGUAUGUGUGUGGGUAGGCUAUGUCUAGCUAUGUAAGCACAUUUGAUUGCCUUCAAGUGAAGCGUUAGGCCGAGAAGUGCUCUUGUUUGUCUCCAGUGCCUGUAGUUUCUGUGAAUAUUGCCUCUGUCAGCUCAGUGGGUUCAGGUCAAGUGUAUCUUAGCAUACUAUUUUAGCAGCCAUCUUAUUUAGCUUAUCCUAACUUUUGCUCGCUUUAUUUUCGGCAGCAAGCAUGUUAAAAAUCGAAGACGAUUCCUAAACAACCUCAACUUCUUGAUUUCUUUGUUUUUGUAUCGAUCAAUUGUAUGAAUGAAGGACAUUAGAUUGUUAACUUUUGGUGAUGAUAUAGAUAUACAUUGACAAUACGUGGGUUAAAUACAAUGAUUAAUAUAAACCCUGGAUUGCUGAUGUAUUGGUGUAUUGGCCAAUGAAAGGCUUUGAAGCCAAAGGUCAGCCAUAGUGGCACUCCUCAGAAGAAGCAGUUUUCAAUUAAAUUUAUCGAAGACAAAAUUACAUGUAUUUAAGUAUUUUUUUAUUGUAGUGGGGACGGUAGCAUUAGAACUUUAAAAAAAAUAUACUUUGACAAAUGUUUUUAUAUAUACAGUACCGGUCAAAAGUUUGGACACACCUACUCUCUCAAGGGUUUUUCAUUAUUUUUUACUAUUUUCUACAUUGUAUAAUAAUAGUGAAGACAUCAAAACCAUGAAAUAACACAUAUGGAAUUAUGUAAAUCAAAAUAUAUUUUAUAUUUGAGAUUCUCAAAGUAGCCACCUUGAUGGCAGCUUUGCAUACUCUCAACCAGCUUCACCUGGAAUGCUUUUCCAACAGUCUUGAAGGAGUUCCCACAUAUGCUGAGCACUUGUUGGUUGCUUUUCCUUCACUCUGUGGUCCAACUCAUCCCAAACCAUCUCAAUUGGGUUGUGGUCAGGUGAUUGUGGAGGUCAGGUCAUCUGAUGCAUCACUUUCCUUCUUGGUCAAAUAGCUCUUACACAGCCUGGAGGUGUGUUGUCCUAUUGAAAAACAAAUGAUAGUCCCACUAAGUGCAAACCAGAUGGGUUGGUGUAUCGCUGCUUUAAGUGUGCCUUGAAUUCUAAAUCAAUCACUGACAGUGUCACCAGAAAAGCACCAUCACACCUCCUCCCCCAUUCUUCAUGGUGGGAUCCACACAUACGGAGAUCAUCCGUUCACCUACUCUGCGUCUCACAAAGAAGGCAGUUGGAACCAAAAAUAUCAAAUUUGGAAUCAUCAGACCAAAGGACAGAUUUCCACCAGUCUAAUAUCCAUUGCUCAUGUUUCUUGGGCCAAGCAAGUCUCUUCUUAUUAUUGGUUUCCUUUAGUAGUGGUUUCUUUGCAGCAAUUUGACCAUGAAGGUCUGAUUCACAGAGUCUCCUCUGAACAGUUAAUGUUGACAUGUCUGUUACUUGAACUCAGUGAAGCAUUUAUUUGGGCUGCAAUUUCUGAGGCUGGUAACUCUAAUGAACUUAUCCUCUGCAGCAGAGUUGACUCUGGGUCUUCCCUUCCUGUGGAGGUCCUCAUGGGAGCCAGUUCCAUUAUAGCGCAUGGUGGUUUUUACGACUGCACUUUAAAGACAUUGUCAAAGAUCUUGACAUUUUCCAAAUUGACUACUUUGUGUGUGGCUACUUUGAAAUCUAAAAUAUAUUUUGAUUUGUUUAACACUUUUUUGGUUACUGCCAUAUGUGUUAUUUCAUAGUUUUGAUGUCUUCACUAUUAUUCUACAAUGUAUAAAAUAGUAAAAAUAAAGAAAAACCCUUGAAUGUGUAGGUGUGUCCAAACUUUUCUCUGGUACUGUAUAUAUUUGUAUGUUUCAUAAUUAUUUUUUAUGUUUAGCUUACAUAAUGUAAUUUUAAAGUAUGUUUUACGGAGUCUGUAAUGGAAUAAAUGUGGCUAAAACUAAUUUGGACUUUUCUACAGCUUCCAAAAUAUUUUUUUACCAUGGUUGGGGUGUCAAGAUGGAGGUGUGGUGGCUUCAAAACAGCUCCUUGUCAAUCAUCUAGUUUAUAAGUAAUUGGUUAAAUUUGACAUUGCUCCAUGGAAUUACAUCCAUUUCAUAAUGUGUUUUGAAUGUUCUUUUGUCUGACUGAAAUCUGUUCGUGCUAUAUUACAGAUAAUCUAACACUACAGAAAUGUCCAACUAUAGAUUUAGGUUAUAGGUUAUAAUGAAAGUCAGAUUACUUAUUCUCAUAUAUUGUAAAUAUUAUUUCAAUGUAUUCUGAAAAUGGCAAUGUUGAGCAAAAUGAAAAUGUAUUUGGCCUUUUUAACAUUAAACUCAUUCAUUUGAUAAAUUA